AUGCCACCAGAGUCUGACUCUGAGUAUGAAAAAGCACAUGGGAAGAAGAGGAAACUGAAGUUUGUGAACACGUCACAUACAUCAAAGAAGCCAGCCCCAUCCAACAAGAAGGCUGCAUGGCCGAAGCAACCCAAAAUGCCUGGCCUACCAAUAUCAGCAACUUCUCCAAUGAAGGGUGGCCCUCUGUCUCCAUUGACAGUGGGGUCAUCAAGUGUGGCAGCAUCACUAGAGCCUGAGACUGCUGCUACAGCACCAGCAUUCCUCCAGGAUGGUCCCUCUAACAUACACACAAAGGUAAAAGCAUGCCCAAUCACAAAGGAAUUCAAGGAUGAAAUGAAACAGGCUCUUUGCAUGGUGUACAGGCACUCAGAUGGACUGAAGUUGAUGAGGAAGGACUUGCCUUCAGAGGUGAUGCAGGAUGACAGACCAGCAGGAGAUCAGGAAUCACCUCAACUAAUGCUCCAGCCAACCCACCCCAAGCUCAUCAUGAGCUCCCUGUCCAUCGUGACUCUUGCAAGGGUAUUCAGCGAGGCUCUGAUGAAGGUAUCUAGCGAGACCCUCAUGAGGGUAACACUAUACACCACUCACAGGAAUCUCAAUGUGAGGUUGUCCACAACCAUUGCAAUGAUUCUUAUGAGGCCUCUUCGCAGUCAUUCUCAUGAGCCAUGGUACAUGCAUGAGGCUGUGCAUCAUUGUGAGGUCCACCAUUCACAUGAAGAUACCCCAAUCACUGAGCGUGAUGCUCUCUACCCUUGCAAUGCCUUCUACCACCAUGACUCCCACAAUUACCACCAUGCUGGUUUGCAACCUCAUAACAAUUAUGGACCUGAGCCUCAUGCUAAUAGUGAAUUUGCCAUGUAUACCAUGAUGACCAUUAUGCUCACCAUGAGUGUGAAUGCACAUACCCAAGUCAAUAUAGUCCAGGACUUGGUCCUGACUAUGCUCGUGAGAGUGGAUACUCUCAACAUGAUGACUUUGAUGAAUAGCAGGCAUUUGGUGGAGGAACUUACUGUGACAAUGGGUACCCUCAAGGCAGAACUCGUUACCAAAUUCCAGAUGGACAGAUCGUGUCCGUAA